CCGUGUGAGAGUGUUUGAGUGUGAAGGGGAUAGAGAGGAGCAGAACGUGGUGAGGGGGAGUCCAGACAGACCACAACAACGGCAGGGAGUGAUCUUCACCUUUGGCUUUCCAGCAGUUUUCCCUCUUCAUCCUCCUCAAGCAUAGAUGGCUGCCAGCACUGCGGCUACAUCUCUCCUACCUCCAGUGAAGAGCGUGGUGGUGUAUAGGAAUGGAGACCCCUUCUACAGUGGACGGAGGUUUGUGGUCAACCAGCGACAGGUGACCACCAUGGAGGCCUUUCUGACUGAAGUGACCCAGAGCAUUGGCGCCCCUCUUGCUGUCAGGACUCUGUACACCCCCAGGCAGGGCCACCGAGUCACAGACCUUGAGGCUCUACAGACAGGAGCCCAGUAUGUUGCUGCUGGCUUUGAGAGAUUCAAGAAACUGGAUUACCUGAACAAGAGAACAAAAAAGCAGGCUGCCACCCGUGAGGAAACCCAGGCAAGAGCAGUCCAGAGGCCAAAUGUGUCAGCUAAAUGGAGGAAGUUUAUACCUUUACCCUGCAUUAUACAUGUUUUCCGAAAUGGAGACCUCCUGUGUCCACCAUUCCGUUUCAUCAUUCCUCGGAGCAUGCAACAGGACCUGGAUCAGAUCCUGAGUCUGAUCACAGAGAAGGUCAGCUUAAGGACCGGUGCAGUGCGCAGGUUGUGUUCUCUAGAAGGUGUGUCUGUGUCCUCAGCUGGGGAGCUGGAGACUGGCUGCUGCUAUGUUGCUGUGGGAACCGAGAGGUUCAAGAAACUUCCAUAUGUUGAAUUAUUGGUUUCAAAAGCUACAGAGAGAUAUUACCCUGGAAAGAGAAGGAUGUUAAGGAGAGCUGAGAACAGGAAAGCAGGGAGCGGGCCUGAAGACCAGUGCAGUGACUCAGCUCUCCUCGACUCCCCAGAGUCAGAUGUUCGGAGGGUGAAGUCAACAGGAGAUGAAGCCGCAGCCCCACAAACCUCCCAGCAGAGGAGCAGGAGAGAGGGAGCAGAUGAGACCUCUGUAUUUUUUGCCAGGCCGGUCAAGAUCCGGAAGAACCGAACGUUAACAAGACCAGCACUCAGCAAUGGAUCUGGUCAGCCCAGUGUAUUUAAAAGGGCAGCACGGAAAAGGAGAGAGGAGGUACGAGGGGCAGAGGAGGUGCAGGAGGAUGAAAAUACAGCUACAGAGCUUCCUGUUGAUCAGAGAGUUGCAGAAAUAGUGGAGGAAGAGGAAUUAAAUAAUCCAGGUGAUCCUCUGCAGAACACACAGCAGAGAAAUAUAAAGAGUGAGCAGCACGACGACAAAGAACACCCACAGAAGCACGAUGGAAAGCAGGUAUUACUAUCUAAAGAAGAGCAGGAGUCCAAGGCUGAAAUACUGGAGCCUGAGCUGAAGCAGAUGUCUUCAUCAUCAAGCACUCAGCAAGAGUACAGAAAAGAAAAGGCAAGUUUACCCACCUCACACCCUACAAUAUUGGCAGUUGUUGAUAGCAUUUGCCUUUACACUGAUUUAGUAUUCUGCUGUGACAGGAGAGCCCGCUGGACACCCCAUCAGUUACAGCAGAACAAAACCAUCAGGAGGAGGUCACGGCAUCCUAACAGUUUUAUGCUGAAUGAACAUUUAAUUAAAUUAGUACUACUUUAACUGUGGUAACGAUUUGCUUUAUCGUAGAAAACGUAAGCACGAGAACACAAAGGCAGAACAAAAGCUACAGGAGAUGGAUACAGUAUCAGAAGCUCCAUAAGCCAUCUCAAACUUGUGUCAUACACCUGUUGAUGAUAUUGUGUUCAGUGUUUUACAGGCAUGAUUCUUAUGCUGACACUGUGUAGACAUUUAAUGCUACUAUAUGUUCAAUACAUGUACAGAAAAAAAAGCAUAUUUUAGGGACAUUGUAGACCCAAUACUGAUUAGAAUAAAUGAGUGGUGGAGAACACAAAGGAACAGUAGUGUUGCCUAGAAUUUAUUGAUUAAAUAUCAGGAACAGAUCACAACAGUAAAAGUAAUCUGUACAGUGUCUUGUAUCAAUUAAAUGUAACAAUAAACAUAUA